AUGGCCGAUGAUGAUGACGAUCAUCCGAGAGCCGCCGAGAGAACAGCCGAAUACAGCAGCUGGAGCUGCCUCCUACUUCUCGCCGUGCCAUCGACAAGGGCGGCUUCGGACUGGCAGCUGCCAAGCCCCGAGCAGGUGUAUAAAGAUCUGGACAGUUGUCGCCUUCAGUCGCUUUCGGAUGGACAGGAUGCGGAGACCUUGAGAUGUCUUGUGGAGAAGCUCGGCCUGUGGUCGGACGAGAGUGGCUACAAUUCCAAGCGGAUAGCAAAGAUCUUUGCAGGCCACAACCAAAUGGAGGAACUCCAGCUCGUGGUUGGCUACUGCAACAGGAGAGAGCAGCGCCUAAAUCAACCUAAUGAAUGGGCCUACCAGGCCUACAAGUGUGCCACCUCCGGAAGAUUUGGUCAUUGGGUCAAGGAUUACAUGAAGCAAAAAAAAAGAUAAAUAAAAUAUAUAU